GCAGCAGUUUCUCAUCCCGCACCUGGAAAAACAAAGAGAAUGCAUUCACUGAGAGCACCUCUCCAUGCGUAAAUGGAGAGGCAUAUGUGCGUAUUAGCGGCGCUUUUUCAUUGUGCUUACAAUAAAUGAUGUUUGUUCUGUCACUAACUCAUGUCCUGUCCCACCACCACACUGCUAUAGAUGCAUUAUAGACUUCCUCAUACUUCAUAUCUGCCAUGAGUGAUGGCGAUGCCUGCAGAAGCUUACGGCACCGGUGCGCAGAGUAGCACUCAUGAAAAAAGCUUCAGCGCACCGGAUCGCAAUGGUUAUGUGAAAACAUGUGUCAUCCCACUGUGCCGUGACCGGGACUAUGAGUCGUGGGUGAGGCUAAUGUUCACAAAAAUAUGGAGUUCCCAGAGACUCCGGAGCGCGGUGUGUGUGGGGUCGCUUUCGGUUUUUCUCGCUCUGUUGGUCAAAUGUGCAGACUGGAGAGCUGAAGGCAGCAGCAGCGCUGACAACACACUCCCGCAUUCAUCGUCUCCCCUUCACUUGGCUUGGAGCUGCUCGGCGGAGCUGUUGCAAACUUGCUGGAGUGUGGUUUCGCCAUUGUUCACCCUCGUAUGUGCCUUCUUCUGGGUCGGUGUGUACUUAAUCCGCUGCGGGGUUCUAAUCCAGACCGCCCUCUCCCUCCUAACCUUGUGCCACCUGGGCGAAGUCGCGGCGUGCUCGCUUCUGGACGGGACAGAUGAGCAGCUGCUCUCCUUCACCACAGCGGCCGUGGUUGUGCUCCUCUGCGUGGCCACCGGCGCACUCAUGGUAGCGCGGCUGAAUCAGGGCAUUUCGGUGAUCGUUUUCAUCAGCGUGGUCAGGACUAUCUCGCUCUUCUCGCUGCACAAAGUGCGGGCCACUUGGAGACCGUACGUUGCGUACCUGGUUGGAGUGCUGGGCAUCCUGCUGGCGAGGUAUGCUGACAAGCUCCUUCCCAACCAAGGGAGACACAAGGAGGGCUGCACCCCCGUGACUGGAGCCAGGGAAGAGAUCCCUGUAUUUAAAAGGCGCAGGAGGUCCAGUUCUGUGAUAGCCUCAGACAUGGCACACAGUCAGUCCAACAGUAAGUCACAUCGCCGGACCUCUCUGCCAUGCAUCCAGAGGGACCAGAUGCUGCCCCGCUCAGACUGGGACCACAAGAGAGGCUCUCGAGGAUCACAGUCGUCCGGCACCACCGUCAUGGUGGACAUAGCAGUGAUGGGAGAAGCUCACGGACUGAUCACGGACCUGCUGGCGGACCCCUCUCUGCCCCCCAACACCUGCACCUCACUGCGGGCCGUCAGCAAGCUGCUCACCACCCAGCUCACCUUCCAGCCGCUGCACCGGCCACGGCCUGCUCCCCUGCUUAACCCCAGCGAUGCCUAUACCUGCUCCGACUCAGAAGAAGGACCUGAGAAAGGAGAGAAGAUAUCCAUCCACAAGCGUCUGAGGCGGAGUCUCCACCCUGGCCUUCUGAGGAGGAUCUCCUCCACGUGGACCACCACCACCUCCGCCACAGGACUGCCUACAAUUGAGCCCGGGCCUGUCCGAAGGGACCGCAGUGCCAGCAUCAAACCCUACCAUGAAACACUCACCUGCAGUUGUGGGAGACCAUACAUCAGACUGAGCCAUGGGGAGGGCUCUAUAGACAAGGGAGACAGGAUACCACGAUCAGCAGAGGACCAAGUGGUUGUGUCAUCAGACUAUGACAGCACCCACGAAGCCAACCACAGUGACAGCAGCGAUGUAGCACAUACAGAGGAGGACACAGGGGAAGGAAAAAACCCCUCCCAGAAUGUCAUCCUCCACGCACUAAUACCUCCAGAGGACAAACCAAUUCUGGCACCAGAGCCAUUAAUAAUGGACGACUUGGAGCCGCUGAUGAGUCAGCUAAACAAUUGGAACUUCCCUAUCUUCACCUUGAUGGAGAGGACCAACGGGAAAUGUGGACGGAUCCUCAGUCAGGUAUCGUACAGGCUCUUUGAAGACACUGGCCUGUUUGAGACCUUUAAGAUCCCUGUAAAAGAAUUCAUGAACUACUUCCACGCCCUGGAGAAUGGUUACAGAGACAUACCAUAUCACAACAGGGUUCACGCCACAGACGUGCUUCAUGCGGUCUGGUACCUCACCACGCAAGCUGUGCCUGGUCUGCCCAGCCUCAUUACUGACCACGGCUCUGCCAGCGACUCAGACUCCGACAGUGGAAUAACACACAGUCAUAUGGGCUUCCUGGUUUCAAAGACCUACACUGUGUCAGAAGAUGGUUAUGGAUGCCUGUCAGGCCUCAUACCUGCUCUGGAGCUCAUGGCCCUUUAUGUGGCUGCUGCGAUGCACGACUACGAUCACCCCGGGCGGACAAAUGCUUUCCUCGUAGCCACCAGCGCCCCACAGGCAGUGCUCUACAAUGACCGCUCAGUUCUUGAAAACCACCACGCUGCCUCAGCUUGGAACCUCUUCAUGUCACAGCCAGAGUACAACUUCCUGGUCAACCUGGACCACGUGGAGUUCAAACGGUUCCGUUUCCUGGUCAUUGAGGCCAUACUGGCCACGGACCUGAAGAAGCACUUUGACUUCCUAGCUGAGUUCAAUGCCAAGGUGGGUGAUGAUCCCUCUACAGGUAUCGACUGGUCCAAUGAGAAUGACAGGUUGCUGGUCUGCCAGAUGUGCAUUAAACUGGCUGACAUCAAUGGGCCUCUGAAGUGCAAGGACCUACAUCUGCAGUGGACAGAGGGGAUUGUCAACGAGUUCUAUGAGCAGGGUGAUGAGGAGUCCAGCCUGGGCCUUCCUAUCAGCCCCUUCAUGGAUCGAGCAGCACCGCAGCUGGCCAAACUCCAGGAAUCGUUCAUCACACACAUCGUUGGACCGCUGUGUAACUCCUAUGACUCAGCCUGCCUCAUGCCUGGACGAUGGGUGGAGCCCAACCCAGAAGCAGAGGAGCCAGAGAUGGUGGAGAAUGAGGAGGAGGAUGAGGAGGAUACUGCCGAAGAAGACACAUCCACCAGCUCAGAAGCAUCACAAAAAUCCAGUCCCAAGAAGAGGAGGAAAGUCUUCUGCCAGAUCACCCAUCACCUACUGGAGAACCACGAGAUGUGGAAGAAAGUGAUCGCAGAGGACGCCCAGAAGCAGGGCCAAGGAGCAGAGUCUGUCCAUUUAAACAAUGUAGCUGAACCAAUUCUGGCCAUUCAUGAGGAGGAAGAGGAGUCAGGCAGCAGAGAGGAGGUGGUAGAAGGAGAGGAUCCCGAGGAGGAAGUGGAGGAACCAGAGUGGCCAGAGUGUGUGAGGGACGACUCUAAACCUCGUGAGGAACUAGAGGAGGGGGACCCACAGUGAAACAGCGCAGGGGAAAUCUGGCAUCGGUCAGGACAGGGAUGUGAAGAAGUAUUACUUUUUUUCUUAUCCAAUCAACUGACUCCUGUUGUUGCCAGCACAUCACUUAGACACAACACUGUAGAUGUUUGGGAAAUGCGUGCCUAUACAGAAAAACACAAAAACAGGGUGGGAAAAUUUGUGCUUUACACAUUUUAUCUGAAUAUGCGGUUUCACCAAACAUUUAAAGGAGCUUUCCAUAUUGCAAUACGGGAUUAUUCGUGUACUUUGGGAUACAGACUCUUUUGCUACUGUCAAGAGAAGAGCAAAGCCUGGUUGCACAGGCCUCAACCCAGUGUGGUAACACAAGACUGCAGAAAUUUGCUGCCAAUUUAUAUAUAAUUACUUUCCGAAUGCAGUUAUAUAUAGACAUCACGGUUACUUGUACUUGUGUUUCGAUUUUAGCAUUUUUUGAGGCCUCAUCUGGGCUUAAUAUGUUUUUUUUCUAUACAAGGAUUAUAAAGGGAGUCAACAAAUGAGGAACAUUGGUGUAAUUUUCUUCCUUUCAACUUCUGCCAAAAUUAAUCCCUCACCCAUGGGCUUUAGCAUACAAAAUCAGAUAUUUAUUCGUAUUAUGUUUUACAUUUGUUGCCAAAUGAAGCACUUCAUGCCAUUAUGUGGAGCCAUUUUAGAUUCACGCAAAGGUUCGAGGCUCCUUACACUUUAUACGUGUGUUCAUUCGUGUGUGCCUGUGUGUUUAAAUGAAUUCGCUCAUAUGCACAGUUCUUCUACCGAGGACAUAAUUCAACUCAGCAGAUUACCUAUUAUUUGUAAAUACAGGUAAAUAUGGCAUCACUGAACCAAACAUUGUAAUCAAGAGACCUGCAGUCACAAGAAACAGUGGGAUGUUGAAAUUAAUCUGCACUGGAUACAGGACCAUAAAGAGAAAACCAGUAGACAGUACAAACACGACCAAAGCGUUGUGAAAAGCUGUUAAACAUUCAUUUAAAGGUUAUAAAAGAAACACAAAUCGUAAGCUAUUAAGCGAAAAUCAAAUCGAAAUGAAAUCUAUGAUCCUGCAAAGUUGUUUUAAAAUAACUGAGCAACACCAUCUGACUGUGUUUUUGGUCUCAGUGUGCUGAUCUAUAAUCCUCAGGAAAACCUCAGCUGUUGAAAUUCAGAGCAAUCGUGUACCGCCUACACGGACAGUAAGUGAAAAAUACACAGAGAUAUUAGAAUAGUUUAAAAGCAUGUUCAUAAAAGGCUGAGAAUGAGGCUGACGUUAAUGUCACACACCCCCAACUAUUCCUGUGAUCUUUGCACGCUGAAUCUGUCUGACUCCUCUCCUGGCACCUCAGGGAGACAUUCAUUCUCUUCCAGUUAAGACCAGGCACCACUCCAGAGUGCAUCAGUUCAGCCAAAUAUAGAUCACAUCUGUUCUGGAGAGGAUACAUGAGCGAAUUAUUAGUCUGUCAGGUGACGUGUCCGCACCUCAAAAUGUUCAUUCAGCAGUGUCGGUGAAAGGCGAUGAGAGCUGAAACGGUUCCCCAGAAUUAGCUACUGUUACUGUGUGAUGCCAGUAAAAAAGAUUCCUUUAGUGAAACUGAUGCACAGUGGAUAGGGUUCUUUGCAAGGCCAAGACAACAAUAAUGGCUGCAGUAUGCUCUAAUAUAUUAGUUUCGUUCUUCAAAACAUUCAGCCUGUCAUAUAGAAUGUCCCAUCACCCAGUCUAUGUGAAUUCUGGCCCACGUUGUUGCUCAAGUUCUGUGCAACAUCUCCUUCUAAUAUUCGAACACAGCUGCAUUGGUAUAACAUUACAAUCACUGUGAACAUUUAAAGAUGGUUCUAAAAAUGUUAAGUACUUUUACACGAAGCGCCAAGUUUUAAAUCAGAGAAAGUCGUCAUGUAGUCGAAUUACAUUUCAGCUUCACAGAGUCUGAUAAUUAUUCAGCUUCUCUUUUCAUCACUGAUAUCCACAUUUCAAAGUGACUAUAAAGAAAAGACACUUGUAAGUAGAUCUGUAAGUAGCUGAUUGAGUUCUCUCUACAUUGAGCUGGCGGGUCUGCUACUGUUACGAGUGCAGUGAGGCCGUAUGUAAUGAAUUAUCUACUACCGAUCUUGUCGAGUUCUCAUGACCGUAUGGGCUGAUAUCUCACGCUCCACUUCUACUCUCCUCUGUAAUCUCAUUUCUUUAAACUGGCAGCACACAUUUCAGCCGGUGCGCAUAUAUGUGACAGAGUUUAAUUGGAAUUACAUUGUGAGAUGCAGAUGUAGAACAUCAAGUGCUUGUACUCUUGCAGAUCCCGUAUUAACGUAUUCACACGAUGUUCCUGGCCGUGGUGAACAGAACGCUGCCUCCACAGGGGCCUGCUUCACUUCUGCCCUGUCAUUGCUACGGCGUGUCCCAGAGGACAGCGAGGCCACACACAAGCUCAGUAAUUGGUCCACCCCCUGAUUAGUAAGGCAUUGGACUGACAUUUACCCCAAACCCCAAAUCAGACCAGAAUUGUUAGAAGCCACUGAAUCAGAACAGCUACAGUCUCUUUAUUUGGCCUCCAAUGAUCAUGCAUUGCACAUUGUAUGUCAUGCGUGUUCUUUUUCUGUAUGUUGAUGCGUUUCAUCCCUAAUGAGCUAUAAUCAUGGUUGCAUACACAAUGGACACUUUGUAUUUAGCUUGACAAAAUAUCACAAAUGUUGGGCAGGAAAGCUGUUCGGUACAACUCAGCCAUUUUAACUGAAGCGGUCCAGAAUUAGACCAACACCUUUUUCUUUCAGUCAUUUACUGGGAUGGUACAAUUGCAUAACAGCAUCCCCUCCAACACUCCUGCUUUGUGAAUGUAUAUAUACAGUACAGUGUAGAGUUGACGUGCGAGAGCAAGACAAUGGUGCGAGUUGGUCUCUGAAUUCUUCCAUUGGCCCCUCUAAUGUGACUCUGUCCUGUAUUCAGUUAUCUCGUACUGUCAGGGAGAGAGGGAUGCUGCUUUUCCUCACAAGUAGAGACGGUGAAGUAAUGAAGGGCAAAGCGAUGCAGUAAGUAGUUCUUCAGUUCUUCACAGAUGCUCAGAUGAAAUUGUUAUUCACACAAGGUCCUAUAGCAUAUUUCUCCUUGCGCUUCCUCUUUGAUCUGCUUCGCCUCGCUGGCAAAAGUAGCAGAGCGUUCGUCGCACAACAGCUCUCAUCUUUGGAGGUAAUUCAAUUCCGUCCACUGUUGUCAGUGACCACAGUUUCCUACAGUGGACAGUGUGUGAAUUUUGCUCCCCAGCUACAUCUGUUUCAAGUCAGACUUGCAUUCGACCUGAUGCAGUAUAUCAGUUUUGUAUAUUUUUUUUAAUGUCUUAAUUUGUUUUAUUUGAUUGUCAUGCUUAUUCACACGUGUACAAUAAUUGUAACCAUGGGAACCAAACAAGCUUUACAAUUCUGUAAACAAAAUGAGAUGAGUAUUUUUAUAUAGUUGACACAUGAUUAAAUAAUGAAUUUCUUUCUUCUCACUAGUACCUUGCACUUACCACAUGUACUAAGGAAGAAUAUGUCCAAAUACACAGUAUUUGUGAACGUAAAAUAAUUAAUUUCCUUGCAGGUUGAUGCUCCAUUUUGUACAAUAUACAUAUAUGCUGUACAGUAAAGAAAUUUUAAAACUACAAAAACUCUUUUAGAUAUACAUUAUUUAUUUUUACCAUUUUGUAAUUUAGACACUAUACUGUAGCUUCAAUAUUGCCAGACUUACUGGAAGUGCCUAUAUUGGUAUUAUGUAUCAUACAGUGAAUAUAUUUGAAGAUCAUUAGACGUUGUCACAAACUGAACCAUGUGGAUGUUGUAAUGUGAAUACAUUGAAUUACAAGAUUACAAUUUCUGUGGUA